AUGAAAGUCCCCACUGGCCCAGUCUUUGCGCUCUGUAGCCUGCUGCUGUUGCUGUUGCUGCUACAGGUCCCUGGUAGCCAUGGCCUCGUCCCUCAGCCCAGAGUGCACCUCUGCCGGACACGCCCGACGGACCUGGUGUUUGUCGUUGAUAGUUCCCGCAGCGUGAGACCCGUGGAGUUUGAGAAGGUGAAGGUGUUCCUGUCUCAGGUCAUCGAGUCACUGGAUGUGGGGCGCAAUGCCACCCGAGUUGGUUUGAUCAACUAUGCUAGCACCGUCAAGCCUGAGUUCCCACUUCGGGCCCACGGCUCCAAGGCCUCGCUGCUGCAAGCUGUGCGCCGCAUCCAGCCGCUGUCCACGGGCACCAUGACUGGCCUGGCCCUGCAGUACGCCAUCACCAAGGCCUUGAGUGAUGCUGAGGGUGGGCGUACCAAAUCCCCCGACAUCAGCAAGGUUGUCAUCGUGGUGACUGAUGGGAGACCCCAGGACAGCGUGCGGGACGUGUCUGCACGCGCGCGGGCCAGCGGCAUCGAGCUGUUCGCUAUUGGCGUGGGCCGCGUGGACAAGGCCACGCUGCGACAGAUCGCCAGCGAGCCGCAGGAAGAGCACGUGGAUUACGUGGAGAGCUACAAUGUCAUUGAGAAGCUGUCUAAGAAGUUCCAGGAGGCCCUCUGUGUGGUGUCAGACCUGUGUGCCACAGGGGACCAUGACUGUGAGCAGGUGUGCGUCAGUUCUCCAGGCUCCUACACCUGUGCCUGCCACGAGGGCUUCACCCUGAACAGUGAUGGCAAGACCUGCAAUGUCUGCAGUGGCGGUGGGAGUGGCUCAGCCACCGACCUGGUCUUCCUCAUUGAUGGAUCCAAGAGCGUGCGGCCUGAGAACUUUGAGCUGGUGAAGAAGUUCAUCAACCAGAUUGUGGACACCCUGGAUGUGUCAGACAGGCUGGCCCAGGUGGGGCUGGUGCAGUACUCAAGCUCAAUACGCCAGGAGUUCCCGCUUGGCCGCUUCCACACCAAGAAGGACAUCAAGGCGGCUGUGAGGAACAUGUCCUACAUGGAGAAGGGCACCAUGACUGGCGCUGCCCUGAAGUAUCUCAUAGAUAAUUCCUUCACUGUGUCCAGCGGGGCAAGGCCUGGUGCCCAGAAGGUGGGCAUUGUCUUCACUGACGGCAGGAGCCAGGACUAUAUUAAUGAUGCAGCCAGGAAGGCCAAGGAGCUCGGCUUUAAGAUGUUUGCGGUGGGCGUGGGCAAUGCUGUGGAGGAGGAGCUGAGGGAGAUCGCCUCUGAGCCGGUGGACGACCACUACUUCUACACAGCUGACUUCAAGACCAUCAAUCAGAUCGGCAAGAAGUUGCAGAAGAAAAUCUGUGUGGAGGAAGACCCGUGUGCUUGCGAGUCCAUAGUGAGAUUUGAGGCCAAGGUGGAGGAUCUGCUGCAGGCCCUAACCAGGAAGCUGGAAGCUCUGAGCAAGCGGCUGGCUGUCCUGGAGAACAGAAUCAUCUAA